AGGUCGCAGCCGGCAUCCGUUAGGAGGUGAGCAGUUGAGCGUCGUUCGCUGUUGAGGUCGCAUCUCCAUCCGAAUUAUUAUGUCUCGCUAAAUUUUACACACGCGCGAGCACAUACGCAAGGAAAGGAGCGAAAUGAAUCUUGGUUCGAUCUCGAGAAUGCUGAAAAAUUUGUUAUUUUUCGUGUUAAUCGACGUUUCGUCGCACGGGGCUUUCGCACUCGACGACGCGGUGCACUCGAGCCAUGUUUUCACCAAUAAAAAUGAGAAACAGCCUCCGAUCGAGGCCCCCGAUAAAAUCCGACUACGCGAACUCGCGAGCCUCCUGAGACAGUCCGGAAAUGUCAAUGGCACUAACACCGGAAGUGCUCAGGUCACGGCAGAACGAGAAGGACAAUGCAAAUGUGCGCUCGGUGUUUGUGGCUGCUGUUCACGCUUCUUGCUCGAUACCUUCAGACAAAAAGCCUGCGUCAACGUCACCUAUGAUCCUGACGAGUUCAGCUUUACCGCCAAAAUUUUGAUGAACGAUCGUGUCCUCUACACUCGCUCGGUUUCAGGAAAAAAUCCUCGGCCGGUCUGCGUUCCUGUGCCCAGAUUUCCAGUCGUCAGAGCUUGUGUCAGAUUCUACAAUAUUUAUUUCCAAGGGAGAAAUGUUCACGCGUGCGUCAACAUGGAGGGAAAGUUUCAAGACACGAUAUUGUUUAAGGUGGGAUUCGAUUGCAUAAGGCUCGGAGCCAACGGCGUAGCUCUGGUGAAACCAGAGGAUGGUGGCGGAGUCGGCCAAGUGGAAUUUUUGCCGGACGAUCCGAGUGAAGACUCGGACGACGAUUACGACGAGGAGGAGGAGGACGACGACGAUGACGAUUAUUUUUAAGUCAGUAAACACGAGUAAUAAUAUUGAAGAAAAUACCGAUCGAGGAAAAUGUCUCUGAUGAAUUCAGUAGAGAAAAUUGGACGAGUAAA